AAUUUUUAAUUUUUACGAUUCUUUAAGAAAUUUUAAAAUUUCUCCAAUUUUCCAAAAAAAAUUUUCUUGUUUACAUGCAUGUCUUUUCCAUCCAUCUAAUUACUCUUUGUUGUUCUUUGUAGUUUUUCUUUUUAAAAAUAUUGUUUUCUCUAUUAAUUUAAUAUUCUUGAGCCUAUUUUUGGUUCAUUUCAGGAUGUUGUGUACACCUCCAUUCUUGAAUUUCACCUCAAAACUCAAUUUGUUUUUUCGCCUUUUUUAUUCGUUCAAAACAAAUGUUAUUUUGCUUUUUUCUGGUCCAAAAUCUCAUUAUUCAUUUGUUUUUUAAACUCGAACGAAAUUUUGAAUAAUUUUAUUGUUUUUUCGUUUUAAAGGCCUUUAUUUGGCAUAUAAUUUUUUUCAUAUUUUUAGUUUAUUUAAACUUUAUUUGUUUUAUUUUUAGAAAUGUUGGUAAAAUUAUUUGAUCGGAAAAGACGUUGUUUGGACAAUCAUUUAAAGCAAAAUGAUCAGAUAACUGCAGUUUCCGGCUUUGGAACAAUUAUUGUUGUUGGAACAUAUUCGGGGAUGUUGAUGAUCUUUAAUACAUGCACAGAGGGUUCAUCUUCUGAAUGGGAAUUGGAAGCAAAUAUUUGUUUAUCAGAAGAGAAGGAUCGAGGAGCACCAGUUACACAAAUUUGUUGUGCUUCUGCAAUAGGGCUUUUAAUUAUUGUUGUUGGGGAAAGAGUACUUAAUUUAAUAUUAGAAGAAGAAAUGAGGAUUGAAGAAUUAUUUAAAGCAAAAAGAAUAUCAUUAAAUACACAUCCAAUAAAUAAUUUAAAUCCUUUUUCUAUUCAAUUAGCUAUAAUUACAAACAACAAUCAAAUAUUAAUUGGAAGAAUUUCUUCAGGGCCCUAUUUCAAUUGUCCACAGAUUCUGCGAAAAGAAAUUAACAACAAAUUUUGGGAAUAUUGUUGAAAUUGUUUUUAAUGGAAAUUGUGUUUGUUAUGCUACAAAUAAUUGCUAUUUUGUUCAGAAUAUUAACGAGAAAAAUGGAAUUAAAUUAUUUGAUGUAGCUGAUUGUGAAGUUCUGAAAGUUAUUUGUUCUGUUGGAAUGGUUGGGGAGAAAAUUAAAAAAAAUUUUUUUUGGGAGAA